GUGUACACAGAGAGCCAGCAAAAGAGCAUGCGUGCAGCUCUUCUCAGCAGGGACAGGGCCUGAACGAGCAUCUGGAAGGAGCAAAAAAAGAUCUGCAUUCCCAUCAUUUUUGUAAUCUGCUGCUAGAUAACUGACAAGCUUAAGCAGAGACCCUCCACACAGAAAAGCUCAACUUUGGAAACCUGAAGCCCUAUGAAAUACAGCAUGGAGCCUCAGUACUUGGUGGUGCUGGUGUUGAGUCUGGCCAGGCCAGGCCUGUCAGGUGUCGAACCACUUACGGGGCCGAAGUGCACCUACACCUUCAUCUUGCCGCAGCAGAAGUUCACAGGGGCCGUGUGCUGGAGCAGCCUGCGCCUUCCCCCGGAGCCUCCGGGCCUCAAUCGCUCUGAGGUGGCCGAGCUGCGUGAUCAGCUGAACCAUCAGCAGGCCCAGAUGGAGGAGCUGCGCCGACUAGUGGAGGUGGAUGGGGCAGUGGUGAGUGAAGUCAAGGCCCUGCGCAAGGAAAGCCGCAACAUCAAUGCUCGUGUCACCCAGCUGUACACUCAGCUGCUUCAUGAGAUCCUCCAGCGACGCGAGCGGCCGGUGCAGACAUCCCAGCUUGAAGGGAGGGUGGCCAACGCCUCUGCUGAGGCCUUGCACGUGGCAGCCAGUUAUCGCCAGCUGGAAGGGAAGUACCAUGCCCUGGCUGCCCUGGUCAACAACCAGAGUGCCCUCAUCAGCCAACUGGAGAGAGACUGCCAGCAAGGAGCCAGUGGCCGGGGGAGCCCACAGCCCCCCCUGGUGCCAGUGGUACCUCACAACCCUGCAAGCAUCGCCAAUGAGAGCAGGGUCCGUUUUGAUGCCGUCAAUGACAUCCAGAGAGACCAGAUGGUACCUGCCCAGCACCAGCCACAGAAGGCGGCAGACAUGCCACAGGACGGCACUGUUCAGCCGCCUGCUGUCGUGUCCACCAAAUCCACAGGGCCGUGGCGUGACUGUCAGGCAGCUCAACAGAAUGGGCAGACCAGCGGCAUCACCAUACUACAACCAACUGGUGCCCGGGGAAUCAUCCAGACCUGGUGUGACCAGGAAUACGAUGGGGGUGGUUGGACCGUCAUCCAGCGGCGGCAGGAUGGGUCGGUCAACUUCUUUAUCACCUGGCAGCACUACAAGAAUGGUUUUGGGAACUUGGAAGGAGAACACUGGCUUGGUCUCGAGUUCAUUCACUGGCUGACUCGCCAGGGCUCAUACGUGCUGAGGGUUUCCAUGGAAGACUGGAGCGGGCGACAGGCAUAUGCGGAAUACAGCACCUUUGCCCUAGAACCUGAGAGUGAUUUCUACCGGUUGCGGCUGGGGCGCUAUCAAGGCAGUGCUGGCGAUUCCCUCUCCUGGCAUAAUGGCCGACAGUUCAGCACCCUCGACCGGGACCAUGAUGCUUACUCAGGCAACUGUGCCCACUUCCAGAAAGGUGGUUGGUGGUACAAUAUGUGCGCCCACUCCAACCUUAAUGGUGUCUGGUACAAAGGAGGGCACUACCGAAGCCGUUAUCAGGAUGGGGUCUACUGGGCAGAGUUUCGUGGCGGUGCCUACUCACUCCGCAAGGUGGUCAUGAUGAUCCGGUCUCCACAAGGCACCUGAUUUCUGUACCUGGGAGUAAGAAAGGACGCAUACCAAGGGCAGGUCUAGAUAUUUAAAAACAGGAGUCACUGAGCUCUGAAAGCCCACUUGCCAUGUUCUCAGUCAGACGUACAGCCUCCUUCUAGUGCCAGUGACCCGUAGAAACAGUGUGUGCACUAUGCUAACAGGGACAGGGGUGGGGCUUGUGGCAUUCCCUGAGCAGUUGUCCAGAUUUUAAAAGAACAUUUCCCCUAUUAAAAAAACUGAAAAUAAUUAAUGAAGGUGCCAAAUGAUGUUUUAAAUGUACAUGCAGCACCUUAAACCAUUAACAGUCAGCACCUUAAAAAAAAUAGAAAUCAAAUUCCUAAAGCAAAGGGGGUGUUGAGCAAAAUUGAAGAGAGAAUUAGCAUAUGGGGGAAAGUGUUUGUUAUUUUCAGUGAGUGCUUCUAGGUGGGGGCUCCUUACACCUACAAGUUUUUCACAGUGUCUACAUGAGUGGCAUCAAAAUGCUAGCCUGAACAUUCUGCCUCAUUAAAUUUAGAUUUGUCAAUUUUGGAGGAGAUCCAGUUAAGUUAAAAACAAACAAACAAACAAAACACCUUGUUACCAGAAACCUUUGGUACCUGAAUGGCUUGCAAGCACUCGCCGAGAAACAGUGUGAGAGAUGAGGGGGAGUAAGGGAAAACUGGGCUCAUCUGUAGGACCCAAAAUAUAAUGACGACACAUGUUUUAAAUCUGCAGCUUUAUACUUACUUACCUGGGACCACAUGAGUCAAUGAGUGGAGGUGUAUAGGACUGCACUCUCCAGGUGUAACAACCCAGUUUGUUGUGACAUGUGAAGCCUUGGGGGUUGCAUUCUCCCCAUCACAUGCCAAAAAAGGAAAUAAAAAACUUCAGUUCCCCUAAUUAGAAGCACAGUUUGUUACUGUGUGCAAACUUUGUAAAUGACAGUGUAUUCAAACUAUAGUUUCUUAACUAUCCAGGAUUUUGUGGUUUGUUACAUGUUGUAUACUCCUCCCUCCCCACUUUGUGGAACUGGUUACUCUUGCACAUUGUGGAACUGGUUACCCUUGCAGAGGCUGAGACACCCUGUGGUAGAAAACAACACUACAGCGAUUUAAGGAUCGCCACUUUCAUAAUGCUAACAGAAGCGUCAUUAGCACUGCUGUAGCAUACUCUGGGCUCAUCCAGACUUACUUCUGUGCCGUGUUUCUUGGCACAAGUGUGUACUUUAAAGCUCUGUGUCCAAGCACUUUUUCGUUUUUGGUUGCCCUAAUACUUUCCCUGCAAAAACCCACACUCUACUGCCAAGUCUGUACUGCGGAUUGCAAAUGGAAAUCCCCCCCAAAACCCAAAUUGCCAUUUGUUCUGAUUCAGCAUUAAAGAAUGGACAUUUGAGGAGCUGGACCUGAUGAUAAAGUCCUGGCAAGAGGCUCCCCAUUCAUGCUAUAAACUCUAAACACAGUUCCUGGUGAUCUUUUCUGAUCUGUAAGGGCCUCCCCAUCCUUUUUUCAGACAUGGAAACCUGAGGCACAGUAGAGCUAGGAGUGAAAGAAAGCUAUGAUUUUCACUCCAAUCUGGAUUUGUCACAAGCAGCAC